AUGCUGCAGUGGCCAGGCAGGUACGACCAUGUAGACAGGAUCCUUGACAAGCCAGGCCCCUCCACCGAUGACGCCUUCCAGGCCGGCGCAGCCGUCAAACACUUUCUGCGCACCCAAUGCAGCAUCCUCGUCAUCGGCGCUGGCGGUCUCGGCUGCGAGAUCCUCUCCAACCUCGCCCUCACCGGCUUUUACAACAUCCAUAUCAUCGAUAUGGACACCAUCGACGUUUCCAACCUCAACCGCCAAUUCCUCUUCCGUGAAAAAGAUGUCGGUCGUUCCAAAGCGCACGUCGCAGCCGAAUUCGUUCAGCAACGCGUGCCUGGCGUACAAAUCACCCCCUACCAUGGCAAGAUCCAGGACAAGGAUGAACAAUACUACAAACAGUUCAACAUCAUUGUCUGUGGUCUCGAUUCGGUCGAGGCCAGGAGGUGGAUCAACGCCACGCUCGUCAACAUGGUCGAUGACCAAGACCCAGACUCGCUCAAACCGCUUAUCGACGGCGGCACCGAAGGCUUCAAGGGUCAAGCUCGCGUCAUCCUGCCUACCGUCACUUCGUGCUACGAGUGCAGCCUCGACAUGCUCAACAAGCAAACCACCUAUCCCAUCUGCACCAUUGCAAAUACUCCGCGUCUACCCGAACACUGCAUUGAAUGGGCUAGCGUGCUCGAGUGGCCACGCGUCUUCCCGGACAAGAAGCUUGACAACGACAAUCCAGAUCACAUUUCGUGGCUCUUGGAGCAUGCUUCCACUCGUGCCGCUUCGUUCGGCAUCACCGGCGUCACAUGGAACCUCACUCAAGGCGUCGUCAAGAACAUCAUCCCUGCCAUUGCUUCCACCAAUGCCAUCAUCGCCGCCGCUUGCGUCCUCGAAGCCUUCAAGUUUGCCACCACCGCUGCGCCAUUCCUCAACAACUACAUGAUGUUCACCGGAAACGACAGCGUCUACACCUACACUUUCGAGCACGAAAAGCGUCCCGAUUGCCCCGUUUGCGGUGGCGAAGCGCGGCCCAUGACCUUCUCCGCACAAGACACGCUCGAGCGCCUCAUCGAGCAGCUCGGCGAACUCACAGAUUUGCAGAUCAAAAAACCCUCGCUUUCGCUCGCCGGUAAACCACUGUACUAUCAAGCUCCUCCACAACUCGAACACGCGACAAGGCCCAAUUUGCAGAUGAAGCUCGUCGAGCUUUGCGAACAGGGCGACGAGAUCACCGUCACAGACGCAAGAUUGCCAUUCACCUUGGGCAUCAUCGUGAAUUUCAGUUGA